AUGGUUAAUCUCAGCAUCCUCUCCAUUGCCACCGUGGCUGCCUUUGCCUCUCUCGGUGCGGCUAAGAACUGCCAAACGCAGUUCAAUUACUGUUCCUCAGCUCUUAUGUCCAGAGGCAACUACGACACCCAGAUCCGGAAUGCGGUUGCUGAUGCUCAGGGCGCAUUCCCUGGUGUAAACAGAGAUAACGCUUUGUUUGCCUGUCUUGGAGGCUCCAACGGCGAGAUCAAGGUUAUCCAGAAGUGUGGAUACCUGUGCAAGAAUGGAGGCAACGGUCACACUGACAGCUGCUAA